AUGGAACUGACGCAACUCGACUCGGAGUCAGAGCAUUAUUACGAGAGUGAGUCAUUUGAAAGCAAGAGCCAAUCGACACCACGUUCCCAUACCACGUCUGGCAGACACUUGAUUCAAAAUCUUAUGGACGACGAACACGAAGAUGGAAAGAAGGGACGAACCAGAAAAAGAAAGGACGCUAAACAAAGCGAAAAGCCACAGAAGCGGACGGAGAAAGACGAGUCGAACGGUCAUGUUGACGAUGCGCUGGAACAACAACAUGAAACAAAAAAGAAAAGCGACAGCGAAACGGGAAAAGAUGCACUAAAUGACCCCCACACACAAGCUGUACAGAAUCAACCUGAGAAGGCCCCAGAUUCUCCACGUGAGGAAACCGAAUCGCCGAUUGAAUCUGAAGAUCGUCCACACUCAUCGAAACACUCGGAACGCAAAACCAGUGAGGCACCGGAGGAGGUAGCGGAAGAAAUAUUGCAAAUGAAUGACACGCCAUCACAACAAAACACUUCUAGAUCUCCAUCAGCGUCGACGAUCAAAUCAGAACGAGAAACUAAAAAGUCUGAUACACCGGUCGGCAGCAGACAAUCAUUGAGGGGAGAAAGCGUGAAUGAGUCGAACGACAUUAAGGAACAUAUCGAGGAACAAUAG